AUAGCAAUCUGUCACAUUAUUGUUUUGACUGAUAUUUAUAUUUCUGGCUUGGUAGGUACAAGCCAUAUGCUUAGAUAUUUUAUAGAAGAAUUGUGAAUUAGGUGGCGUUUGGUUUCAUUGUUAAUGCAACGGCCAGGUGUUUUCUAAGGUGGUGUUUGGAACCGGUGCCGGUUGCUUCAGAAAAUGGUGAUAUAUCAGCACCAUGUUGAAAAAAUCAGUGUUCCAGAAACCAGUAACAUGUUUAGAAUCGUUUUUUCAUAAAAAAACAAUACUCUAAAUCGCGCCUUGAAAAUCGAUGUAUGGUAUGGAAAAACGCCGAAUUCGACGUUUUUUCUCAAUUUGGAGCUUGUUACUGCCAACAAGAAUAUAAUGUAACAGUGACAUGGACUUUCUAUAAUAGAUAUCAAUACUGAAAACAGAUAUAGAGCAUUGAUACCAAACAAAAGGUGUUAUUGUUGCUAGAGAAAAUAUCCUAUGGCAGCAAUGUUUCCAAACAAAAAAGAAAAAACAGUAUUGUAUAUGCAGCAUAGAUGCCAAACACAUACUAAGAAAACAGUGUCAUAUCAGAACUACAUCAGUGACCAUUGCCUACAACGCUUGCAGAAAACAGAAAACAUCAGAAUGAUGUUUCCCACAAUAGAGCCGAUUUUUGAGAAUCGAUGCAUGCAUUUUUUUUAUAUUAUUGUUUUUUGAGAAAACAUGCUAACCAAACAACAGAUUGAUGUGACAUUGGCAUGGUGCCAUUUUCUCAUAAAAUGUCAAUGGAACGAAACACAGGAUAUCUUAAACAUGAAUAAACCCUUGUGCACUGGAAUAGCAUAAUUUACCUGAAAACAUUGCCUUAACCAAUGGAAUGGUAUCAAACACCACCUUAGUGGAGUCAUUCCUAGGUUCUGAUGUAUGAUUUCAUUUUUAACCCUAUCCCUUCUAAUUUUAUUAUUCAUUCAUUUAAGUGUCAAUAUUUUUAUCUAAUGCAGUUUUGGAUUCGCACUAACAGAAUAAACAUUUAUAUAAUUGAUUUUUGAAGACCCAGCUUAGUAUAUAUAGAAAAAGAUGAUGAUGCAUUAUAGAAGUAAAAUAAUAAGUUCUAGGAUAAAUACGGUACCCUUACUACCUUACUAUUUACCCUUACUAUCUUACUAUUUAGCUAUAUUCUUAAGUUUUUUUGACAAUUGACUAAUAUCCGCUAAUGUUCCAUUAAAAUUCAUACACGUGACCAUGUGAUGUGAUGUAUAAAUUUUUUUCAAAACUCAAUUUUGCCCUUCUUCUUUACCAUCCCACUCCCCGGCGGCGGCUACAGCUACAGCGAACCAUCCCACCCCCUUGCUCUCUGCCGCCGUUGCCACCACUGUCGUCGUCUGUAUCCGAUCACUUUCACCGGCGUCAUCAGGUUUUUCUGGCACCAAGUCCUUUCCAGAAGAGGUGGAGGAUUGGCAAUUGUUUGCAAAGAGACUGAAAACUUCGGAACAGGUACGAAGGAAUGGAGGAGAGGGAGAGAGAGACUCGCGUCCCAGAUCUGGUUCCCUGGCAGAUCUGGGACGAGCACCGCCAAGGGAGCUUUGACGCAACGGACGAGCACCGCCAACUGGUUCCCUGGCAGCUAAUGGAAACCAUACCUGGUAUGUCACAGACGCUAGCGGACGAGCACCGCCAUAAGAAAUUGAGAAGAAACUAUGACUUCUGAAAACCCAGUUGACGGCGAUAUUUACCUUUGAAAAUCAGUGAGCUUGGACGAGUAAAAUUAUCUUUGCUAUUAAGCACUAAUUAAUUACUGCUGCUUGGGUUGGUUGAAGAGAACCCUACUGCCUCCAUAGGUUUAUAUGUUGAUUGUGGUUCUGUGUUUCUCGUUUGGAGCUACACAUCUACUGGAGCGGAUGGCAUUCAAGAGCACAGCUAACAGAAGCCACUUACGUAUUGUGCGGGAAGUUGAAGCAAUUGGAGGCAAUGUGACAGCAUCAGCUUCGCGAGAGCAAAUGGGUUACUCGUAUGAUGCUCUGAAAACAUACGUCCCUGAAAUGGUAGAGUUGCUUAUUGAUUGUGUGAGGAACCCUGUAUUCCUGGAUUGGGAGCUGCAGAAGGUGAAAGCUGAGAUUGCAGAAAUUUCCAACAAUCCACAAGGCUUGCUUCUGAAGGCAAUUCACUCUGCUGGUUAUUCUGGUGCACUGGCCAAUCCUCUUCUGGCACCUGAAUCUGCACUAAACAGAUUGAAUGGUACAAUUCUAGAAGAGUUUGUUGCUGAGCACUAUACUGCUCCGCGGAUGGUUCUUGCCGCUUCUGGGGUUGAACACGAAGAUUUGGUAUCUAUUGCAGAACCCCUGCUGUCUGAUCUUCCUAGCGUGCCUACUCCUGAGGAGCCAAAGUCUGUGUAUGUUGGAGGCGAUUAUCGUUGCCAAGCUGACUCAGCGGAGAAACAAGUGGCUCACAUCAUGGAACAGAACUCAACAACAAAACACAAGAAGUGGCAAAGUGGAGAAGACAAGUCAAUGCACUUACUCAAGAGUUGAAAUCGUUGCGAGGGGAUAGUGACUCUGAUGCAAGUGUUUCCACUCGUUCCUUUUUCAUCAUCAGGGCAAGCAUCCAAGUCGUCUUUAGUUGCGAGUGGUGACUAGAAAUAGUUGGGAAACAGGUUUUAAUAUUGAAAUUCCAAAGUUUCGUGGAGGUUUCUCUACUUAGCAAGCAACCAAACUGGUUAUAGUUGCAUGUGGUGAAUAAAAGCGAUGGGAAACAGAUCUCAAAUUUGAGUUCCCGGAAUUUAAUGGAGGUAUAGCCUCAAAUGAAUUGAUGGACUAGAGUUCCAUGGAGGAAUUAACAAUUUCAGAGUUUGAAGGAAAAAUCAAAUCUUAUGAAUUUGUUGAUUACUUUAAUAGUGUUAAGGAUUGUAAUGAAAAUCUGGUGUAGCCAUUCUCUUCAAUAUCUGUUGAAAAAAAAAAACUUGUUGAUUGGAACAAACCUCCAAUCUAUGAUGAACAACCCAUUGCUCAAGAAGAAUAUGUUAUCCUUCAUCAUGAUUUUUAAGAGGAUGGAGACAAUAUUUAUCAUACUAGAGGCUUUGAUAGCAUUGUCUU